UUUGAGUUGGGGAACGGCCUGAUCGCGUUCAUUCCGGCGUUCUCAUCAUGAUCCAGAAGAACUUCUCUUGCCCUGAAUUUAGAAGAAGAAGCCCGGAAGAGGUUUUCCUCGAUCUCAUGUAAUGAGUUUGCGGCUGGAGUAUUUGAGCCCCUCCCAGGCUAAUUGGCUUAUAGGCCUCUCUCCCACCUUGACCACUACCUACCUGCCCACUUCGCAAGCCACCGCAGUCCGCCAACUUGGUCAUUCUGUCCCUUUUGAAAGCUGCCCCAGCAAAAACAUUAUUCCUUAGCGCCCCAGCGUUCAAUCGUUCAGCAUGACUAUCUACCGCUCCAAGCGUCCAGACUUCGAUUAUGCUCCUUCAACUAGUAUCUUUACCUUCUUGAAACGCAAUGAAAGUCCUUCAGACGCUAAGCGGGUCGCUUUCAUCGACGCUGUUACGGACGAACGGAUCACUCGAGGACAGGUUUUCGACUUUGCUUUGAGAGUCGGUUAUGGUGUCAAGCAGAUUGGGGGGAAGCGUGGAGAUGUUGCCAUGAUCCUCUGCCCAAACUCCAUUGCAUGGCCUUACACGUUCCUCGGACUUCAAGCUGCAGGUCUCCGUCCAACUCUAGCAAACGUAGCAUACACGCCCCCCGAACUAACACAUCAACUCAAAGACUCCCGGGCCCAUCUCAUCUUUGUUCAUCCAUUGCUUUUCCCUACCGUCAUCAACACCCUGAACGGUUUAGGUUUGAAAGAAGGCGAGAUCAAGAAGAGGGUGAUCAUCAUGAGUCAUACGAGUCAGGAUGAAAAGGAUGAGAAGACUGUUGGGAUUCCUGCUUCGUGGAGGAGGUUGAAGGAGUUGAGGAAUGGAGGGAAGCUCGCUAAGGAAGAAGAGUUUAAUGGGUCUCAGGUUCACGAGACGGCUUUGCUUUGUUAUUCCUCGGGGACGACUGGACUGAGCAAAGGGGUGGAGACGACGCAUGAGAAUAUCACUUCCGUCAUUCAGAUUUCGAAACCCGUCUUUCCUCCAAUUUCUUCUGAUAAAGAUGUCGGCCUCGCCGUUCUCCCAUUCUUUCAUAUUUUAAUUUCUCUCGUCGUCCUCUUCUUCUUUGACUUUAAAGUUCCCAACGUCGUCAUGGCAAAGUUCGAACCCGUUCUCUUCUGUGCUUCCGUCGAGAAGUACAAAGUUACCACAUCCGCCAUCGUUCCACCGAUUCUAUUGGGUUUGACCCUUCAUCCUGCGGCCAACAAGUAUGAUCUACGGACGAUCAAAACGCUCUUUUCUGGUGCUGCUCCUUUGAGUGCUGGUCUUGUGAAAAGGGUCAAACAAAAGUUUAUAUCUCGGGGCAAUCAUGACGCUGUUAUUACCCAAGGGUAUGGUCUCACGGAGACUUCACCUACGGCGAUCUGGUUCUUGCGGCUUCUCCUUCCGAACCUUGAGGUACGCCUCGUCGACGAUGACGAAAAGGAUGUACCUCCUGGACCUGACAGUCGAGGAGAGCUAUGGAUUAGAGGGAAGAUCAUCAUGAAGGGAUACUUGAACAACGCGAGGGCAACGAAAGAAUGUAUCACCCCAGAUGGAUGGUUCAAAACGGGUGAUAUUGCCAUCAUCGAUAAUGAAGGCUUUUACUAUAUCGUCGAUCGUAAGAAGGAACUCAUCAAGUAUAAAGGGUUCCAAGUUCCUCCCGCCGAUUUAGAAGCGGUCUUGCUCACUCAUCCGGAUGUCGCUGAUGCUGGUGUCAUUGGCAUCUACUCUCAAAAGGACGAAACCGAACUCCCUCGUGCCUACAUUUCACCCAAGAACGCUGCGCUGGCCGACCCUAAAAAUCGUGAUCAAUGCAAAGCGUUCGAAAGAGCCGUUCAAGAUUGGAUCAAGUCUAAAGUGGCGCAUCAUAAACAAUUGAGAGGUGGGGUGAUCGUCAUCGCUGCUAUCCCCAAGAGCCCGACGGGGAAGAUUUUGAGGAGGGAGUUGAGAGAGUUGGCUAAGCAGGAGGCGAAGGCUACUAGUGCUACUGCGAAACUCUAAAACUUUCUGCCGAACCCUACUUUUUUUUUAUGGCGUGCAAUUAAUCUUGUAUGAUGUUCUUCUAUAUCAGCGGUUCUAUUGCCCCUUCGUUUCCCAUUUAUGGUGGAAAUUUUUUGAGUUGCUCGUUUUUGAUUUCAUCUUCAGAUAUGUGUGUGAUUAAAAGUAAUAAAUUGUACAAUCAUUACUACUAUGUAUGCUAGCCUGCUCCAACACAUUGCCGG